AAUCCGUCCCUUAUCGGACGGUGUUUGACCGAUAAAUGCAUCGAGCGUAAUCGGCACGGUGGAUCGAAUCGCGAAAAAGCCGCCAAUCGACGUGUUUCUCAGUGUCUCUCGCGAGGGAAAUCGCCGAGAUCCCCUAAAAACCUUUUCUCGGCUCGACGCACUUUGAGAUCAGCUGAUGACGUAACACCCGACGAACGCAAAGAAGAAAAGUUAGCUGUGUGCGACUCGUGUCGGUGUUGGUGGGCGCGAGACUUGCGCGAGACAAAGUAUGGCGUAGAAUUCUCUGGGCCACUUUCGUCGAAAGUGUUAACCCAUUCACUUGGUACACGUUGGUUGGUUUCCGUUUUCUCUGGUACGAGCAGUUUCGCGAGCGUAUCUCGGUGCCGCGGCGUUAUCGCGCGUGACGGUGUUUCGCUGAGUUCACAGAGCCGUGGGUCAGUCUAUCCAUAGCGGAACACGAAAAGGACGUCGAGUAUCGUACCAGGAUGAGCGUCGACGCGUACGGGCCCAGCAGUCAGACCCUCACGUUCCUCGACACAGAGGAAGCGGAUCUGAUCGGUGCCGACACGCAGGGUAGCGAAUUCGACUUCACCGACUUCACCUUACCCUCGCCGAGUCAAACUCAGGCCUCCCAGCACGAUGCUGUUCAAAGUCAACCUAGCCAGCCUGUACAGGUUAAUGGAACGAGCGGUGGUUCGUCUUUAGACCUGAAGAUAUCUGGAGCUGCACAGACUCUUGCUGAAUUACAGUUCGAGGAAGAAGAGGAGGAAGCAUAUUACAAUCGUGACUUACCAGAACAUGCAUGUAAAUAUUGUGGAAUUCACGAGGCAUCAUGCGUUGUUAUGUGCAAUGUAUGCAGGAAAUGGUUCUGUAAUGGACGUGGAAACACAUCUGGGUCACAUAUUAUUAAUCACCUUGUCCGUGCCAAACACAAGGAAGUCACUCUGCACAGGGAUGGUCCUCUGGGAGAAACUGUUCUGGAAUGUUACUCUUGUUCAGUUAGAAAUGUUUUUGUCCUUGGCUUCAUUCCUGCAAAGGCAGACUCUGUUGUUGUGUUACUUUGUAGACAACCGUGCGCGGCUCAAAGUUCCUUGAAGGACAUGAACUGGGAUCAAGAACAAUGGAAACCGUUGAUCGAAGAUCGCAGCUUUUUAGCAUGGUUGGUGAAAAUCCCAUCCGAACAGGAACAGUUACGAGCCAGACAGAUUUCUGCCCAACAAAUUAACAAACUAGAAGAAUUGUGGCGCGAUAACGUGGACGCGACCUUCCAAGACCUUGAAAAGCCCGGAGUAGACGAAGAACCGCAACAGGUACUUCUGCGAUACGAAGAUGGAUAUCAGUAUCAGAACAUAUUUGGUCCUCUCGUGAAACUGGAAGCGGAUUACGAUAAACGUUUAAAGGAGUCUCAAACCCAAGAAAACAUCGAAGUUCGGUGGGACGUUGGUCUGAACAAAAAAACAAUCGCAUAUUUCAUGCUAGCGAAAACUGACGGCGACAUGAAAUUAAUGCACGGAGAUGAAUUAAGACUUCGCUACUUGGGCGAGCUUCACAAGCCUUGGUCAGGCAUCGGUCAUGUGAUCAAAAUUCCUGACAAUUACGGAGAAGAAGUCGGAAUUGAGUUAAAAAAUAAUUCCGGCGCCCCAACCGAAUGUAUCAGUAACUUUGUCGUUGACUUUAUUUGGAAAAGUACUAGUUUCGACCGCAUGCAGUUAGCAUUACGGAAAUUCGCAGUGGACGAUACUUCCGUAUCCGCUUACAUAUAUCACAGAUUACUAGGACACGAAGUGGAGGAGGUUCUGUUUCGUUGUCAUCUUCCCAAGCACUUCAGUGCUCCCAACUUACCUGACUUGAAUCGAUCCCAAGUUUACGCUGUGAAACAUGCCGUGCAGAGGCCGUUGUCCUUGAUCCAAGGACCACCUGGCACUGGAAAAACUGUAACCAGCGCCACGAUAGUGUACCAACUGGUGAAACAAAACGGUGGACCCGUGCUGGUAUGCGCUCCUUCCAAUACAGCCGUGGACCAACUCACGGAGAAAAUACACAAGUCUAACUUGAAGGUCGUACGACUUUGUGCGAAAUCGCGAGAGGCAAUCGACUCUCCUGUAAGCUUCCUGGCUCUUCACAAUCAGAUCAAGAACAUGGAGACGAACACCGAACUGCAGAAGCUGCAGCAACUGAAGGAUGAAACCGGUGAACUAUCCAGCGUGGACGAGAAACGCUACAAAUUGUUAAAGAAGGCUGCGGAGAAGGAAUUGUUGGAAGCAGCAGAUGUAAUUUGCUGCACCUGCGUAGGAGCUGGUGAUCCAAGAUUGCACAGGCUCAAAUUCCACUCUAUUCUAAUCGACGAGAGCAUGCAAGCCACAGAACCCGAAUGCAUGGUCCCAGUCGUCCUUGGAGCGAAACAAUUAAUUCUCGUCGGUGAUCACUGCCAAUUAGGACCAGUAGUUAUGUGCAAGAAGGCUGCCAGAGCAGGUUUGUCGCAAUCUCUAUUCGAGAGAUUGGUCGUGUUAGGGAUCAGACCGUUCCGUUUGGAGGUACAAUACCGAAUGCAUCCGGAUCUGUCGCGAUUCCCAUCGAACUUCUUCUACGAAGGCUCUUUGCAAAACGGCGUGUGUGCCGAUGAGAGAAAAUUGUUGAAGAUCGACUUCCCCUGGCCAGCACCCGACAAACCCAUGUUCUUCUACGUUACUCAGGGCCAAGAGGAAAUCGCUGGUAGUGGCACGUCGUACUUGAAUCGAACCGAGGCCUCGAACGUCGAAAAGAUAGCCACGCGAUUUUUGCGCUGUGGCGUGAAACCCGAACAAAUUGGCGUGAUCACACCUUACGAGGGUCAGAGAGCCUAUCUGGUUCAGUACAUGCAAUAUCAAGGAUCCUUACACUCAAAGUUGUAUCAGGAGAUCGAGGUAGCUAGCGUAGACGCGUUUCAAGGCAGAGAAAAAGACAUAAUAAUCAUGUCCUGUGUUCGAUCGAACGAGCACCAGGGCAUCGGGUUUCUCAACGACCCGAGACGCCUGAACGUUGCAUUGACCCGCGCCAAAUACGGAAUAAUCAUCGUUGGAAAUCCAAAAGUGUUGUCCAAACAGCCUCUCUGGAACCACCUGCUUAGCUUUUACAAGGAGCAGAAGGUCCUCGUGGAGGGGCCGUUGAAUAAUCUCAAAGAAUCCAUGAUCCAAUUCGCGAAACCAAAGAAGCUGGUCAACGCUGCGAACCCAGGCUCGCAUUUCAUGUCCACGUCGAUGUACGACGCACGGGAAGCUCUUAUACCAGGAUCCGUGUACGAUCGUUCCGGCACUCAGGUGAACGGUACGCAGAAUCACAAUCCCUAUUACCAGAGGAACGUGCCACUAGAUAUAUUCAGCAGGACCCACGAUACGAUUAGCUACAUCAGUCCCGAGAGGGCUCAGGCAGCGAUGAACAACGUGCCAGUACCCGUGGGGAUGUUUAUGAACAUGGCCCACGUGCCGCCGCGAUUCUACAAUCAGCACCAACAGGCGUUGCAAGCUAGACAGAAUCAACGCAAUCGACGUGGCACGGUUCUGUCUAAGAACAAGCAAGGACCUCGAAUGGGCAAAUUGAGUCAAACGGAGCAGAACACCCAACCGUAUAGUCAACCUGGCUUGCCCCUUACCCAGGGAACCACGCAGGGCAUGUCCCAGCCAGGGUUUAGCCUCUCACAGCCGGGAUUGAGCCAAGCGGAGCUUUCACAGGACUCGUUCGCGGUCGGGGAGUUCCAGUCCCAGAUGGACGGUUUACUGUCACAGGACUCGACCUAUCAAGGCGAUCGAAGUGGUUUUUAUCAGUCUGGACAAUCACAAGCCGGGGGACAGUUCUCCCAGCCAUACUGAGCCGAGACCGUACGGCUGAGCAACGCAAUUGCUAUGCAGCGUCGCGGGAGCGACUGAAGGCUCGUUCGACCAAUUCUUCUUCGACCAACAAACCACAAAUCACUAACUGCGCUAAACGGUAAAACGGCUCGAGGCGAUCGAGUACGGUAUUUAUGCACGCAGUCGUCGGCGUUAAAGAGGGUUUUAAAGCAAGCAAGAAAACAAACGAAAUAAAAAGCAAUAACAGAGGGAGUUCGUCGCCAAAUAACCGUCAACUCGAACAAACAAUAAAGGAAAAAAAAAAAAGGAAAAAAAUAAUGACAAAAUACGUUUCAGACGGGAAGGAACAAAUGGCAACACCGCUGGAUGAUAACAGAGUGUGCGGCGACACGCCCAAUGGAAAAAGGGGUAAGACUGGGAGACGACACACAAUCACACCACCAACUCACCGUGACACGCGCUUAUCGUGAACGGACCGUUUUAUCGCGGGGAUCGAGUGACGCUAUAAUUACAACAAACAAACACACAAAAAAAUGUCAAAACUACGAAAAAUACAAAAAAAAAAAAGACGAUGGUAAUAAUAAUAGUAAACAAACAAAAAAACAAAGAGAAGAUACGGGACGUGUAACGCUUCGUGACUGGACCAAAUUUCGACAAGUGUGCCAACGUAGUACCUGUAACGCACAACUGCACGAAUCUCUCUCUACGACGAAGGAAAUCAAGGGCCAGUGGCAUCGACACUCGUGACUUAUGAGACGGAAAGAUCCACAGCCGGCAAUAAAGAUAACAGGAGAGAAAGAGAAUGGAGAACGUAUUGGCAUAUCGGUACACGUUACGUGUCUUUCCAAUUUCCCAAAAGACGACACUGGCUCAUGAAAGUGUUCGAAUGCUUACAACCACGGAUUGUAAUGAGCAAGGUAUGUAAGAUGGCAUCGAAGCUUUUGAAAUACUGUUACGAUUAUGGGACGGAGCAGCAGUCGUAGCCAAUACCGGCAACAAUUUGAGACAUUUUAUCAAAUGAUGCGAUUACAAAUUUAUUUAUCAGAAUUAAUGGUACAUCGUUUGUGACGAUUGAUAAUGAAUUUUUGUUGUUAUUAUUUAAUGGAAUCGAAAUCAAACGUGUUCUACGUGUUUGAAAUAUUAAAUUAUUUAAGAAUAUAUCGUUAUAGAUUUAUUUUGAAAUUCGAAGAAAUAAGGUUACAAAUUAAGUUUAUAAAGGUUGAGGAUGCAUUUGUUACUUAAGACGAAUUUAAAUGCUCGUUUGUGUUACCGAGUACAUUUAUAUUCGGAGAGAGCGUUAUUUGCAUUUAAAAUAAUAGAAAUGUUGGUCAUACUUUGCUGAUGUAAACAUCUUAUUUUUAUUAAUACGGCAGUAAUGAUGUUUUAUUCGCAAGUAUUUUAAUCCUCUUUAGGCCAACAGCUCAUUUCGUCGUUAACCUGAAGCGGGUCCAAAAUAUUUGUCGUUGAAACGUCGGCAUUGUUUAUACUAAUAAAGACGAUGAUGCUUUUAAAACCAACUAUUGUUGUUUAUUUAAAAAACAAAUAAUGCUUUAUCUCCAUAAAAAUUCAAUAAGAAACAUAAUCUAAUUUAUAACUUUAUUAUUCGUUCGAAUAUAAAAAUGAAUCUUCCAAAAACAUAAUUAUAUAGCUGUAUUCCUCAAACGCGUAGAAAAGACAUUUUUUACGAUUUAUAUAUUUGAAGUAUCUCUUUUAUAUAUCAUUGUACAUUAUAAAUGCAUAAAAUCCUCAAUUUGAUUAUUAGACUGUUUUCAAAUUUCGAAGAAAGUAUAAUUUCGUUACCUGUGUUAUAUCGUAACAGUAUUUUAAAAACGUUCGGUGUAACUUACAUGUGUCAUUAAUUAGAGCUACCGAUUGUAAGCGUUCAAAUGACUUUGUGACUCACUGUGUAUGGGAACGAUUACGUCGCAAAAAAAAAAAAAAAAGAAAAAGGGGGGAAAAGCGAACAUGCCUAUAGAGAUUCCAUGGGGAUCCUAGAAUCGUUCCUGGCGGCCCGUACACCGCCUCUUUCGAUCAUAACCUCUGUAAUAUCGUUAAUCAAGACGAAGGAUGCGACAAUAACGCGUGUACACGGCGACAACGAAGAGCAUGACACAACACGAACACUAACUAAUCGACUUUAUCGAAUAUGUCGCCGAAAGAAUUGUCGUCUAACAGUACGGAGGCCGACACUUGAAGCAUCAUCACGAAAUGGGGGGAAUCCCUUUCUCGUAGGCUUAGCGUGAUGUUGACAUUGCGCUGACCCGAUAAGGAAAUCCUAACCAACCUUAAUUCCGAUCGUGUUAAUUAGUUUCUAUUUUUUUCUGGUUAGACCGGUACAUAUAAUUGUACAUAUUUUAUUUACCGCUGGGGGUCGACAGAGCGCAACAAUGGAGAAACAAAAUUUAUUCGACGUUGUGUUUCUCUUUGGUAGGGUGUAACAAUCGAAAUGGCUGAUAAGAACCGAUCACACACGAACAGAGAUUUGAUAAACAAUGAUCCGCUGUAAUAUGAGAUUUUGGAAACAUCGAGGACGAUGUCCCCCAGUAACCGCUGGGGAAGCCAAAUUCUACCUACCAACGACACAAAUCACGUUUAACAACAUUUUUGGAAGCAGCUCUGAAAUAUACAGAAAUUGUCUGAAUUUCGAAGAACGUUAUUCAUUUUGUCCGUAACGAUAUGAGUAAUCCCAUUUAGCGUUCAAGGUAUUUUACUCGUUCUAGUAUACUGACCAAAGUAUCGUUCUAUCUACUAAUUUUUAAUUCAGACGCUUUCCUUUCUCGUUUCGGUUUUUUUUUUUUUGUAUGUUAUCACUCGUACACCCCUGGUACCAAUGUUUUCUACUUUCUGUCUGUGCUGGCUUCUCGCGGUAAUCGAAUCAAUCACAGAAUAAAAUUGAGAAUGACGAAAAAGAAAAAUUAUGAACAGCAUCAUGCAAUUACAAAACAAAUCGUUUUCUUUUCUUCUUUCCGACCAACAGCGCACCGCUAACUGCAGAAUAUAAUAUGGAAAUUCAUUGUGAAAUCUUAUGGAACGAAUAAAUUUAAUUUGCAGGAAG